AAGUAUGACAUACAUCGUAUUACCUACCAACCUACCCACGCCGUCCGUGGAGGUGUAGGUACGUACCGGUACAUGGCAACCUCAGACCGGGAUCGGGCUCAUGCGACGCGCCGCCCGUCCUGCGCCGUGUGCAUCGUCGGCUGUUUAGGGCGCGUGUCCCCCAGGCACAAGAAGACUCAUAUGCGUCAUCAUUGGUCGCGGGCGGCCUGGGGAUGGGGAAGCAUCCCAAUUAGAGGCGCCCAGGGCAGCCCGGGGAGCGAAUUCCCACCUACCGGUACUUGGGAUUCGCAUUGCGGUGAAGGACAUGGGGAAUCUGCGUCCUCCUCUUCCUCCCAUCGACAGAGAGAAAUCGGCGUCCCAUGGUUGAUCGCACACAGACAAUCAUGUGUAACACAGCCCGCCCGCGUCUUGCAGGCAGCGCAAACCGAGAAAUGUGCCUUGUCUUCUUCAGCAGAGUGCCACCGAAAAGCACACUUGGGGUCUUGUUCCCCCAUCUGCAGGCCGCCCACGAGGGCACCCAGUGGUGGCGGCCGCCGACAUGUCAUUUAUUACCUCGUCGAGCUGGCCAACGCCUCAAUAAAUCCUGCACCGUACGUACCGGAAGGGCACAAAUAGGUAGCCAGCCGCCUUGAUUGAAUAAGAAAGAGCCGACAGGAAGGAACCUUGGCUCCUAUCCCAUCGGGCGCGAACGGACCUCACUAACCUAAUGUGGAUCCCCCUCCACUUUUACCCCAAUCUUUCGGAGAUACAUGACAAUACAUCGUUUUAGAAUGUUAUUUUGUUAGCAACCACCACCAAUUUCAACAUUAUCACCAGCAUCUUCAUUUAAAUUGCGAUGUCUUCUGCUUUAGAUUCCCCUACCUAUAGUACUAUCUACGUUGAGGUCCUACUAGAGGACCUUUCUAUAACCUGCCUAGAUAACUGUUGUUUAUAGCAGUGCAAUAACGCAAUAGUCUAGCCUAACAAAGGACCCAGUAGGGCUACUUAGACUAUAAUGUACUGGUAUGUAAAGGUAGAGAUUGUUAGUACCUUUGGCAUAGG